CAUGGCGCUGGAGGCUAAAAGAAAACGAAUCAGUCAUGUUUUAUCUAACUCACAAACCUCCAACACUCAGUCCACUUUAUCCUCUUUUAGACAGACCGAUGUGGGAAAUGAGUGCAGACCGCGCCUCGUGGAGGGAUCUAUUGUCCGCAUCGCCAUGGAAAACUUCCUCACAUAUGAUCACUCAGAAGUUUUUCCUGGACCAAACCUGAACAUGAUCGUGGGAGCCAAUGGCACUGGCAAGUCAAGCAUAGUGUGUGCCAUUUGUCUUGGCCUGGCAGGAAAAACAGCUGUCCUGGGCAGAGGUGACAAGGUUGGGCUGUAUAUUAAGCGAGGCUGCACUAAGGGCUCAGUCGAAAUUGAGCUAUACAAAGCAGCUGGAAACCUGGUGAUCAACAGGGAGAUUAAUGUAGAAAAUAACCAGAGUGUUUGGAUGAUCAAUGGAAAACAUGCAAGUCAGAAAAAUGUUGAAGAAGCCGUGAAGGAGCUGCAAAUUCAAGUUGGAAACUUGUGUCAGUUUCUGCCUCAGGAGAAGGUUGGUGAGUUUGCAAAGAUGAGUAAGACUGAACUUCUUGAGGCCACUGAGAAGUCUGUUGGACCACCAGAAAUGUAUAACUUUCACUGUGAUCUGAAGAACUGCCGCACCAAAGAGAGAGAGCUGGAGAAUCUGUGCAAUGAAAAGGCAAAAUUUCUGGAGAAAAACAAACAGAGGAACGAACGCAACAAGGCAGAUGUGGAGCGGUAUCAUAUGAGAAGAAGACACCUGGAUAGGAUCCAGAUGCUGGAGAAAAAGAGGCCAUGGGUGGAGUAUGAGACAGCUCGAAAAGAACUGGAGGAAGUAAAGAAGCAGAGAGAGGACAUGAAAAAGACAGUAAAGUCACUAAAGGAAGCACAAAAUCCUCUGCUUAGAAAGAUCCAAUCUAUAGAGAGUCAACUACAACCCAUCGAGAAUCAGAUGAAGGACAAGACUGCUAAAAUUAGAGAGGCAUCACAGAAAUGUAAACAGAAACAAGACCAACUGGAUUUCAAGUACAAGGAGAUUGAUGACAUCAAGCAGCAACUGAGCCUUAAGCGAACUGAGGAGGUGGACCGUCAGAAGCGCAUUGAGAAUACCCAGCUUAUGAUCCGGGACCUGCAGGCUGAGCUGGACAACAUGGGCACCCAGGAGGAUGUCACCCCCAAGAUUGAAGCGGUUAAUGCAGAUCUCCGGAAGAUCCAGGAAGAGAAAUCCAGGCUAGACGGAGAACUGCAGGACCUUCGCCGGGAUAAAGACGAGGCCAUUGGAGAGUUAAAACGUCUGCAGAAUCGUCUAAGCAGCCUAAACAACAUGAUGAACAGGAAGGAGGAAAAGCUGAGAAGCCAUUAUCGUGACACUCACACAGCCUUGCUAUGGUUAAGAAAGAACCGUCAUCUUUUUGAGGGAAAUGUCUAUGAGCCCAUGAUGCUGGUGAUCAACGUAAAAGAUCCACGUCACGCCAAAUAUGUGGAGAGCCACGUUCCUAUAAACGAUCUGAGAGCAUUUGUCUUUCAAAAGCAGACGGACAUGGAGAAGUUCAUGACAGAGGUACGAGAUGCGCAGAAGCUGAGAGUGAACAGUGUCAUUGCACCCCCUCAGUCGUUUGCUAACAGGCCACCCAUGCGGCCUUUAGACUCUCUUAGGCGCUUUGGGUUUUUCUCUUACCUGAGAGAGCUGUUUGAUGCACCAGAAGAAGUCAUGAGUUACCUGUGCUACCAGUACAAAGUCAAUGAUGUUCCUGUGGGGACAGAGAGGACCAAGAACAUGAUUGAGACGGUUAUAAGAGAGUCUCAGUUGAGGAUGAUCUACACUGCUGAGGAAAAGUAUUCAGUGAAGAAGUCCACAUAUUCCAGUAAAACCAUCUCCAGUAACUCUGCUCUGCGCCCCUCUCAGUUUCUCUCAAUGGCAAUUGAUCCUGAUGAAAGAUGUCAACUUGAAGAACAUCUGAGUGCAGCUCGUCAGCAGGUUCAGAAAAUCGACACUCGUAUGAAAACCAAUCAGGAUGAGCAGGCCAAACUGGAUCGCCGUGACAAUGAUCUUCGCGCCGAAAAGAAGCUUCUGUCUGAGCUGAAAGGCAAGAAGAGACAGCUGGAGCAGAAAAUUAUCACCAAGCAGGAUAGCCUAAGGCAGAUGAGACAAGGUGGGAUCAACCUGCAGAAAGCUGAGGAAGAAGCUAAUGUCAGAAUCUCAGGUGUAAAUGACAAGAAAGUGACUAUAGUGGAGGAGUUUCUGCACUAUAUGAAGCAAAGAGCGAAGCUGAGCAUGGAGAAAGUGUACCUGACCCUCGAGUCAGCAGGUCUCUCAGCUGAGAAAACCAAACUGGAGUCAGACUGCAGAGAAGGAUCAGCUGAACUCAGGAGAGCAGAGCAAGCAUUUACUGAGCUGGACCGGAGGAAGACAAGUCUGUUGGAGACGUGUAAGAAGUUGAUGAGGAGAGCCAGUGAGAUCUGCAACAUGAACCCUGGAGAAACUGUAGUACCAGAGAAUUUACACACGGCUUUUAGUGAGCUGCCGGAUACUCUGGAAGAGAUUGAUGACAUGUUGAAUGAGGAGAAAGCCAGAGCAGAAGGCUUUGCUGAUCUCAGUGAAAGAGUGGUAGAGGAGUAUAACCAAAGAGAGAGGGAAAUAAGGGAGCUGGAGAAUGAGCUGGAGGAAAAGACAAAUGCUCUAAACACCUACAGACAGAACAUCACUGAGGCAAAGGAGCGGUGGCUGAUCCCCCUGAAGCAGUUGGUAGAACAGAUUAAUGAAAAGUUCAGUGAUUUCUUUCGCUCCAUGAAUUGUGCUGGGGAGGUUGACCUGCACUCUGAGAACGAGGAGGAGUACGAUAAGUAUGGGAUCCGGAUUCGGGUGAAAUUCCGCAGCAGCACUCAGUUACAUGAGCUUACUCCACAUCAUCAGAGUGGUGGUGAGCGCAGUGUGUCCACCAUGCUCUACCUCAUGGCCCUGCAGGAGCUCAACCGCUGCCCAUUCAGAGUAGUUGAUGAAAUCAACCAGGGCAUGGACCCGGUUAAUGAGAGGAGAGUGUUUGACAUUGUGGUGAAGACGGCUUGCAGUGGAAAAACCUCUCAGUAUUUCUUCAUCACUCCUAAGCUCCUGCAGGAUUUAAAAUAUGCAGAUGAGAUGACUGUUCUUUGUGUCCAUAAUGGUCCCCACAUGCUCCCACCAAACAAGUGGAACCACAAGGCCUUCAUCAGACGAGUCAAACGCAGGAGCAACCAAGUCGCAGUGGGUCCAGUUUCCCCAGAAAUCACUGGGUGCAAUGCAGUAACAUACACUGGAAAGGGCACCAAUCCAUCACAGGGCCUUGGUCAUCAUUCACCCUCUGUUACUACCAGUCAUGUCUGUAUGCAGAUGCCACAGUGGCUGAACGCAGGACCUUCUUGCUGUGAGGCGACAGUGCUACCCAUCGAGCCACCAUGCCGCUUGGCCAGUAAACUGUCUAAUACAUUUCCCCUUGUCUAAGGUGUUUCUUUAAUAUGCUCUGGA